AUGGUGUCGUUGAAGCUCCAAAAGCGGCUUUCCGCUAGCGUCCUCAAGUGCGGGAAGGGCAAGGUUUGGCUUGAUCCAAAUGAAUGCAAUGAAAUCUCCAUGGCCAACUCUCGCCAAAACAUUAGAAAGCUGGUUAAGGAUGGCUUCAUCAUCAGGAAGCCAACAAAGAUUCACUCUCGCUCUCGUGCCCGUCGCAUGAAUGAAGCCAAGAGAAAGGGAAGGCACUCUGGUUAUGGUAAGCGCAAGGGUACAAGGGAGGCUAGGCUGCCAACUAAAGUUCUCUGGAUGAGAAGAAUGCGUGUCCUCAGGCGUCUGCUCCGUAAGUACAGGGAGUCAAAGAAGAUUGACAAGCACAUGUACCAUGACAUGUACAUGAAGGUGAAAGGUAAUGUCUACAAGAACAAGAGAGUUCUUAUGGAGAGCAUUCACAAGUCAAAGGCUGAGAAAGCAAGAGAGAAGACUUUGUCUGACCAGUUUGAGGCUAAGAGGGCAAAGAACAAGGCAAGCAGAGAAAGGAAAUUUGCUAGGAGGGAGGAACGACUGGCCCUGGGACUUGGGGCAGAGAAACCUGUAGAUGCACCACCUGCUGCUGCUGCACCUCUACCCACCCAGGGAACCAAGAAAUCCAAGAAGUGA